AUGUCUCAGCGAUUGAUAAUACCGACACUAAUACCCGAAUGGGCUAAUCCACCACCAUCGAAUGAAUCCGAAUCGUCGACACCUUUAAGGCGAAGUCAGUCAAGGGAAUCGUCAUCACAGUUAAGACCCACCUACCAUGGGAUUAUUGAGUCGAAUCUGGACUCUAUUACUGUUCAAAUCAAACCAUUGGCAUCGUUAAUUGAACAUGAAAAUCGGCGCAAGAUUAAUGAAUUCAAUUUAGGUUCAUCUAUUGGAUAUGGUCAAUUUGGUAAAGUUUACAAAGCCCGUUUACAAAAUCAUAUAUAUGCUAUCAAAAGUAUUGCAAAGAAACCAUGGAAUGCUCAACAGUAUUCUAUGAAUCAAACAAUGAGACAGAUUAAAUUAUGGAGACAUCAAGGCGGUGGUUAUAACCUUACAGGUGAUGAAGCAGUUAUGAUGAUGAAUGUACAAAAAUGUCGAUGGGAAAUUUAUAUCCUUAGCAAAUUACGCUCACCUUAUGUGGUACAGUUACACAAAUUUUUGGAUUCACCUGUGAGUAAAGCUAUUUGGAUAGUUAACGAAUGGUGUAGCUUAGGCGAGCUGGAGUGGAAGAGAAAUUCCGUGGAUGAAAUUCCAGUACAGUGGUCUCAAAUGAUAGGAGAGUGCGAUGAUGUAUUAACAUUUGUGGAAAAAGCAUUACACGAUUUGACACAAGGAUUAGCGUAUUUGAAGAGUCAAGGCUGUAUUCAUCGUGACAUUAAGCCAUCAAACAUCUUAGUUGAUGGUAAACAAAAGCUACUAAAAUUAUCAGAUUUUGGUUGCUCAAUUUUGUCACCGCAAGUAUUGCCAUUUGAAGAUGAUUCAUUAACUGAGUGUUUCCAGGCGGAAUUGAAUAAAAUUGUAGGGACACCGGCUUUCAUUGCACCUGAAUUAUGUCAAUUCGGUAAUCCAGGAGCAGAUGAUGUUAAGGAUGGAUUUAAAUUAGACGUUUGGUCAACAGGUGUGACGUUAUAUGGAUUAUUGUACAACGAACUCCCGUUUUACGGUGAAAGCGAAUUUGAUACUUAUCACAAAGUAAUUCACAAGACAUUGGAAAACCGUCUAAACGGUAAUAGAGUUAACGAUUUAAUCAUUGGUAGAAUGCUAGAAAAGGAUCCUCAGAUUAGAAUAGGUGCGGAAAAGUUACAAGAAUUGGUAAUACUGGACCAUAAAUCCUUUACUGCUUCUGUGAAACAGGGAAAACCUACAACAGCGGCAAUAGCAAGAAAAUCCACAACCGAAAAGCAUCCAACGAGUAUACAAAAGUUUUUCACCAAAUUUUUCAAAUUAAGGAAAAAGGAUAAAAGUACAAAAAAAUCUGUAGCCAAAUCUUCGAAUUCUUCCGCUAACUCUCCAACAAUAUCACCGGGAACUUUUAACUCAACAGUGGGUGCGCCACCAAACAGUGACCCCUUAAGUAAACCAAGCCCAAGUCCGAGACCCAGUCCAUUCCCUCAAGAUGACGAUUUUAGCGAGCCAAGUCUACAUUCAUCAUUAUCGUCCUUUGAAGAACCUGUACAAGUCUCGGAUCUUUUCAAGCAAGACAGUGCGCCUUUAAAUAAACAAGUGAGCCCACCUCCAAGUGAUAGUGGCAUAGUAGAAAGUACAAUGUCAGCAUCGGAAAGCGAACCGCGCAGACUAGAUGAAUACCGACUUCCACGGUCCAGUCACAAGUCUUCUCAUGCAACAUCACCAGAACUUAGCCACCCACAUGCGGGAAACACAAGCUUGGCAGAUGCAAAUUACGAGGAUGAACCAAGAAAACUUGAUAGUUACGACCUUCCGCAACACCAUGAUUAUCCAACCCAUUCACGUCAAUUUAGCACAGAAGUUUCAGAAAUGCAUUCUUCUCACGGUAGUUUUGAGUUGAAGACACCACCAGAACUAGCUCGCAUGAUCCAUUCCCGACAACCAAGUAAUUUGGAUGGACAGACAAGCCGAGACAUUAACCUAACCAAUCAUUCACAUCCUAGCUUUCAGCUGAGUUUGAAGGAGGGAACGGAGGAUUCUUACUACGACACAAGCAUCGCUAGCAAACAACCCAGUUUCCAAUUAAGCGUACCUCCAGAGAUAAUCCAAGAGAGAAGUCCACCACCUGUAAAUCCAACUCCACAACCAUCAGGUGGGUCUAGAAAUUUAUACCAACACCGUCAUCAACCUAAUGCUAGCACUUCAACGUCCUCAAGUUCACCGAUAAAGAUCCCAACCCCGAUGAAAGCUCUUAUACACUUGGGGAAUUCUCCGGUUAAAGAAGGAACAGCAACAGAUACAGCACAACACGAUUCUCCAUUGAAGGACCAAGGACAAAAUCAAGCUCAUAAAGCUAACGGACUAGCCCACUCAAAGGAUAUUUCCAACUUCCAAAACUACAUAUUUCAGCAGGGAACUAACGACGCGGGACCACAGGACAAGCACAAAUCAGUUCUUACAGAAGAUCUUAUUGAAAAGUAUCUGAACUACGCUGAUAACAGUCAAUCGUAA